AUGGAACUGGAGAACCUCACAGGAUUUUCAGAAUUUCUUCUUUUGGGAUUAUCAGAGGAACCAGAACUGCAGCCCCUCAUAUUUGGACUGUUCCUCUCCAUGUACCUGAUCACUGUGUUGGGAAACCUACUCAUUGUCCUGGCCGUCAGCUCAGACUCCCACCUCCACACACCCAUGUACUUCUUCCUCUCCAACCUGUCCUUGGUAGACAUCUGUGUCACCUCCACCACCGUCCCAAAGAUGCUGUGGAACAUCCAGACACAGAGCAAAGCCAUCACCUAUGAAGGCUGCAUCACCCAGAUGUUCUUUUUCCUAUUAUUUGGGGGACUGGAUGACUUCCUCCUGACUGUGAUGGCCUAUGACCGGCUUGUGGCCAUCUGCCACCCGCUGCACUACACAGUCAUCAUGAACCCCCGGCUCUGUGGACUGCUGGUUCUGGUGUCCUGGAUCAUGAGUGCUUUGGAUUCCUUGUUACAAGGCUUAACCGCAUUGCGACUGUCUUUCUAUCCAGACUUAGAAAUCCCACACUUUUUCUGUGAACUCAAUCAGAUGGUCCAACUUGCCUCUUCUGACACCUUUCUUAACAACAUGGUGAUGUAUUUUGGAACUGGACUCCUGGGUGGUGGUCCCUUUGUUGGUAUCCUUUACUCUUACUCUAAGAUAGUGGCCUCCAUACGUGCAAUCCCAUCAGCUCAGGGGAAGUAUAAGGCAUUUUCUACCUGUGUGUCUCACCUCUUGGUUGUCUCUUUGUUUUAUGGUACAGCCCUAGGAGUAUACCUCAGUUCUGCUGCUACCCAUAGCCCACACUCAAGUGCAGCAGCCUCAGUGAUGUACACUGUGGUCACACCCAUGCUGAACCCCUUCAUCUACAGUCUCAGGAGCAAAGACAUAAAGAGGGCUCUGAAAAGAUUGCUUGGGAUGGCAGCUAUAAAAGGACCCAUUUUCAUAGGGCUGAAGAAAUUCACAUUACAGCUGGACUCAAAGCCUCAGAGCCAGAUGUUUUGA